UUUCACUUUUCCAUAACUUAAAGAAUUAAACACCUACACAUAUCACGAGGAACUAAUAAUUAGUUGUUUUUUUCUUGACAAUGAUUGUACUUUAAUAUUUUGCUUAUUGUGGUAGUUUUGGAGUAGUGCGUUACUGCGUUGUACCUAUCCUUCCUAGGACGUAAUUGUGAGUGAAACAUCCCUGCUUUGUUUAUCAUCCUCAUGUGUUCAGCAGUUGAUCGUACUUCCGAUUUUAUACGUUCCGUUCAACUUAGUCGUUCUAAAUUGAAUGACUUUAAGCGUCAAGAUGAAUUAUCUUCUAAUUCACUUGGAAAUCACGUAAUGGACCACACAUCUUUGGGUAUGCCUAAGGCUAAUUCCAAUGAUUCCGUAUUUGAAAACAAUAUUUCACACAAAAUUAAUGUUCUAAAUGGAUCUAUAAAGAAUCAAGAUCACUCUAAUAAAAAAUCUGCUGCUCUUAGUCAGCGUUCACAGUUUACGAAAGCGGCUUCAGUUAUUAGUCAAGAUCUAACAAACACAUUUUCUAAAUUGGAACAGUUGAAUGCAUUAGCUCGAAAGCAAACGCUGUUCGAUGAUCAUAGUUCGGAAAUUCAACACUUGACAUAUGUUAUAAAAGAAUCUAUAGCGAACCUAAACAAUAGAAUUGCUAAUUUACAAGAAAUUUCGAAAUCUCAGGUAUCUGUUGGGAAACAACAAUCUACACACUCUCGUUCCGUACUAAUGGUUUUGCAAACUCAUCUCGCUAAAAUGUCUGAUCAAUUUCGAGGAGUGUUAGAAUACCGUUCUAAGAAUAUAAAGUCACAGAAUGCUCGUAAAAGCAAAUAUAGUUCAUUGGAUGACAAGUAUGAAUCAUCUGAAACAAUGUCAUCUGUAAAACCUCCACAUGUUGUUAUCCCGUCAGUUUUGUUAAAAGAUGAUGAACGUGCCAGAGAAGCUUUACUCAGUGAAAAACAAGGAAAUGAUGGACUAAAUGGUUUAGGGAAUUUAGGACUAUCUACUCUACCUGUAAACUCAAAUUUAGGACUUGCUCAAAAAUAUAUCAACACUGAUCAAACUGAUUCCUAUUUACAAUCUCGAUCAGAUGCAAUGCAAAGUAUUGAACAUACAAUUGUUGAACUGGGGCAAAUUUUUCAACAAUUAGCUACUAUGGUACAUGAACAAGAUGAAUCAAUUCGUCGUAUUGAUGCUAAUGUUGAUGAUGCAACAGUUUCAAUUGAAGCUGGUCAUUCAGAAUUACUUCGUUAUUUUCGUUCAAUUAGUUCAAGUCGAUGGCUUAUGAUUAAAGUAUUCUUUGUUUUAAUUAUAUUUUUUGUAAUAUUUGUUGUAUUUUUUGCUUGAUUUUCUCUCUUUUUCUUUUUGUAAUUUAUUAUCAUUAUAAUAAAAGAAUAUAUGAAUAAAGUGGAAGGUGAAACACAUAUUGAAAUACCUCUCUUUACUAUCGAUUACUCAUAUUAAUGUGUUACAUAAUCACACUAUUUUGGGUUUUUUUGGUAACUUAUCGUUUUAUAGUUACAAACACACACAUACAAACAUACACAGAUACGCAUAACGUUUCAUACACCUCCCGUAUGUAUGUAAGUGCACAAAAGACAAUGGCAUAUAUGUCGUAAUAAUACACAGAGAAAUGGGAAAAAAACCCUACUGGAAUUCCAAAUAGGUAAUCGUGUUUAUUACUUCAUUUCGUUCUCAUUAAUUCAUAAAUAAAUAAAUAUCAAUCUGUCUUUCAUCCAAUUUACUCACUAUGUAUAAUAAUGAGUUUGUUUGUUAUGCUGUAGUUUGGUUAACUGUUGUGAAGUGGAUCAUUAUAGACAAUUAAGUAAAGAGUUAUAAUGAAAUAUAUAUUUUUUCUUUGUCUGGAUGUGUUUCGUUCAUUCUUUCUUGAUACUCUGAUCGUUUUCUUUGAUCCCUAUAUUCCUUUUUUUUCUGUAAUUCUAUCUGCAUCAUUGAUGCUGUGUUCCCUCCCUCCCUCCCCCUUCUCUCUCUCCCUCCCCCUCCGUCUCUCUCUCUCUCUCUCUC